GUCACAUUUUUUAAAUGCUAUGUGCGGCUACAACAAUAUGCAUUCGUAUAUUAAUUAGCAAAGUGACUCAGUGCUGAUAAUGUCCUAUCUGACUCUCCGUAGUAAGUGAGGCUCACGUGAUCAUAACACAAAUUUACCGCGAAAAUCACCCUCAAGCGUCGACUAGACUACACAUUUGUUAGCGCAGACUGCAUCGUUACAAUAUUGACAUUUUUGUCUUUUAAACACUUAUAUAAUGUUCUGCGAAAAGGCAGUCGAGCUCAUUCGAGAACUUCAUCGGAUGGGCGACGGUCAGUUGCCUGCGUUUAACGAAGAUGGCAUUCGACAAGUUCUGGAGGAGAUGAAAGCUCUGUAUGAACAGAAUCAGAGUGAUGUGAAUGAGGCAAAAUCAGAGGGCAAGAGUGAGCUGAUUCCAAGCAUCAAGUUCCGCCACUGCUGCCUGCUGAGAAACCAGCGCUGUAUAGCCGCAUACCUUUAUGAUCGCCUCCUACGAAUCCGUGCUCUCAGAUGGGAGUAUGGGAGUGUACUGCCCACAACUAUUAGAUUUCAUAUGUGUGCUGAAGAGAUGGAGUGGUUUAAUCAGUACAAAAAGUCCCUCGCAACUUACAUGAGGUCACUUGGGGGAGAGGAAGGUUUGGAUAUAACACAAGAUAUGAAGCCCCCGAAGAGUUUAUACAUUGAGGUGCGUUGUCUAAAAGACCAUGGAGAAUUUGAAAUAGAUGAUGGCACUGUUAUUCUCCUGAAGAAAAAUAGCCAGCACUUUUUGCCCAGAUGGAAAUGUGAGCAGCUUAUCCGGCAGGGUGUAUUAGAGCAUGUCAUUUCCUAAAAAAAAAGACGUACAUGUCCUUUUUAUUUUUCUUGCAGUUAACUGAUUUAAAUGUAAUUCUGAUUAAUCAAUCAGAAUGCAUACAGAGAGCAAUGCUUGUGUACACAGGUAAAACUUGGUCAAAUUCUGUACAGUAAUUAGUGGAUACAUGAUGCAUUUACAACUCAGUGGUGUCAUGCUUUAUUCUCCCAACGAUUAUCCAGCUCGUAUAAACAAGGUGUACAAAAGAGACAAUUCUUGCAACACUUUGAUAUAAAUUAUAAGUGUACAUUAGUGCAUCAUGAUUGAAAAUUGUGCAAUUUCAAGAGAGCAUUUGUAUCAAAACUGUACAUUGUAUGAAUACUGUGCUUUUGGUUACUGCACAUAAACAGGCAUUAAAACAAAAAGAAUGCUUCUGUUUUUACUGAACAGCCUGACGUGAUCCAACAGUUAACAUUUGCAGUUCGUACCCUACGUCACCGUUAACGCAAAGAGCAAAUGGAAUUAGUAAUGUAACGUCCUUGACAAUCAAACCUAAAUGUAUUGCAAAGAUCUUGUUCAUUGCUAUUCAUUUGCCUCUGAAGAGACCAUAACACUUAAAUUAACUUACAAUUUGUCAUUUUGUACUGUUGAACGUAGCACAUGAUUGAAGUAAAACAUGUAUAUGUAAGACUUGCAUUACUUGCACCUUCAGUUUAACACAAAGAUUGCUUACUGGUUGCACCAAAACACAAAAGUGCCCUAGGGUGGGUCUUUUGCAGUCCAGU